CUAGACUGUUGCUCUCUGGAGAUGGAACCAUUGGGUGCAUGCCAAGACCAUGCCAUAGCAGCAAAAGAGAUCACGAUGACAUUGCAGCAGAGGCAGUGUAUCGGUCAUCACUGUAUCUGGCCUGUCAGCCGGGAAGAGCUGUAGAAACGUCACGAGAGCCGGCGUGUGAGCUGCACCACGUUGCAAAUAAAUUGGUUCAAGCUCAAGUAUCAACCCGACAUGAAGCAUCACAAGCAAAUGGAGAGAAAGUUCUGUCCACAAGUGCCACACAAACAGAUGUUCAAGCUGUUGCUUCACGUUCCUUGUCUUUUGUGGCCCCGAAGCAGUCUUCUUCACUGGUGUCUGCACAAAGUCGACUGCAUUCCUGCCAGUGGUGCACCUAUGUCACCCGCCACAAGUCAUCUAUGAACAGACACCUUCAGAAACGCCAUGGCGAGCGCCCCUUGAAGUGCCAGUUCUGUCCAGCAUCAUUCAAUCAUAACUCCAAGCUGGACGUUCAUGUACGCACUCACACAGGAGAGCGCCCCUUUUCCUGUGUCCAGUGCAAUGGAUCGUUUUUUACGAAAGACCAACUCAAAACACACAUGCGGAGGCACACAGGAGAGCGUCCCUAUUCUUGUGCCCACUGCAAUGCAUCUUUUAUAGUGAAAUCCGCGCUCAAUCAGCACAUUUGGUCGCACACCGGAGAACGUCCACACAAAUGUAGCCAGUGUACCGCAUCCUUUACUCAGAAAAGAAGCCUCGUCCAUCAUAUUUUCUUGCACACAGGAGAGCGCCCGUUCUUUUGUUCCCACUGCAAUGCUUCUUUUUCAAUAAAAAAGUACCUUGAUGAGCACCUGCGCACUCACACGGGAGAGCGUCCUUUCUCCUGUGUUCACUGCGGUGCAUCAUAUUGUCGGAAAACCAGCCUCAUCAAACACAUGCGCAAGCACUCAGAAGAGCGUCCUUUCUCCUGUGCCCACUGCAGUGCUUCAUUCGUGAUGAAAAGCUACCUCAACGAGCACAUGCGCAAUCACGAAGGACAGCGUCUCUUCUUCUGCGUCCACUGCGAUGCAUCCUUUAUGCUUAAAAAGUGCCUCGACAAACACAUCCGCAUCCACACGGAAGAAUGUUCCUUCUCCUGUGCCCAUUGCAAUGCAUCUUUUUCAGCGAAAGGGGGCCUUGAUAAACACAUGCGUAUUCACACAGGAGAACGUCCCUUCAAGUGUGUCCAAUGUAGUGCAUCUUUUUCUCAGAAUAGCCACCUCCUUACACACAACCGUGUGCACACAGGAGAACAUGCCUUCUCCUGCUUUAUUUGUAAUGCAUCUUUUUCUAAAAAAAAUGACCUCAUGAAACACAUCCGCAUACACACAGGAGAGCAUCCCUAAUCCUGUGUUCAGUAUUAUGGAUGCUUUUCAGUUAGAGGCUUCCUUGUUGAGCCCAUGUGCAGUGAUAGAAGAGAGCAGGGGUCUCUUCACUUGUGUGCACUGUAAUGUAACCUUUUUUUGCAAAGAAGCGGCCUCAUGACACAUGUCCGCACACACUUACGAGGCUGUUCCUCUGCUCGCUGCAGGGAAUCAUUUGUGAUGACGUGCUACCUUGUUGAGCACACUCCCUCAAGAUAGCUCCCUUCUCCUGCGUCCACUGUAAUGCACCCUGUAGAGAAGCCGCCGAACACUGAAAUGGGUCAAACUCUCAAGUGCUCUCUAGUGGGUCUACCCAAAAAGAAUGCCACUCGCGCAGAGAGUCUGUGCUUGGCCGUUACUGUCGCCAUUGUGUAUACUCGCUGUGUGCUGGCUAAUAAACGCCAUAACAAGUUG